UAUCCGCAGACUGUUUGUUCGAAUGCUCUCUGACUAGUUCACCUGCUUUUCCUGCAAACCUGCUCUGGGUCCUCGCGCUCUGCACCUCCCAACGCAGAGGAGAGACUUGCAUUUCCUUCUCUGGACAUUUUGCAAAUUCAUUUCUUCUUCUUCUUGCUGUUUUUUUUUGUUCUCCUCAGCUGAGACUGAGCUGCACGAAGGAGCGAGGUCAGGGUUGUUGUUGUUGUUUUUUUUUCUCGACCCCUUCCUCCAUCUUUAGUUUAAAGACUUUAUUUUUAUAAUUCAUUUCUGGAUCCGGCUGGUUUGUGUUUAUAUUCGUGGAGGCUGCAGAGAGAAAGAGAAAGAGAGAGAGAACCAAGAGGGAUCUUCUUCUUUUAACCGAGCACUUGAGGCGGAGAGAACCAUGGCGACCGAAGUGGAUACGUGGCCCGCCUCUCAGCAAGCCGAGGGCUUGUUCUCUUUCGACGGAAACCUGGCCCACGCCAACCAUCCCCGCGGCCGCGACGAGGAGGACGAGGAGGACCUGAUGAUCGAGGCCGAGCUGAACGGCAACUGGACGCCGCAGGAGAAGGCGCUGCACGAGGCGCGGCUCAAAGCCAAGGCCAAGCGUCGCGUGCGCAAGUCGUCCCGCAACUCCACCAGCGAGUCCUUCUCCGAGUCGGGAGAUGCUGCAGGAGGCGACCCCAACAGUCCAAAAGGCAAAGUCAACGCCAACGACCGCAAAUCCAGGACGGGCAAGGGCAGAGGCCUGCCAAAGAAAGGUGGGGCUGGUGGGAAAGGAGUGUGGGGGGCUGCUGGGAUGGUUUAUGAAGAUGAGGAGCCUGAUGUGAAGGACCCCAACUAUGAUGAAUUUGCUCAGGGAGACACGGUUUUUGCAAAGGUGGUGCCAGAAGUGGAUGAGAGGGAGCUGGAGAAGAUGGUCAACCCCAUUGUGCAGGAGUACUUUGAACAUGGAGACACAAAGGAAGUGCAGAUGUUGCUGAAGGGCCUCAACCUGGGCCACCAUAAGUACGAGUUCUCCUCCCUGGCCGUGUCCCUGUCCCUGGAGGGCAAGGCGAGCCACAGGGAGCUGACCUCCCGCCUGCUCUCUGACCUGUCGGGCAAGAUGCUGUCACAGAGCGAAAUGGCCCGAGCCUUCGACAAGACGCUGAAGGAGCUGCCGGACCUCAUCCUGGACACACCGGAGGCUCCGCAGAUGCUGGGCCAGUUCAUAGCCAGAGCCAUCGCGGACCACGUCCUCCCCAUGUCUUUUCUGGACUGUUACAAGGGCAAAGUGGACUGCGAGCACGCCAGAGUGGCGUUAGACCGUGCCGCUGUGCUGCUGACCAUGAAGAGGGAGAUGGUUCGUUUAGAUAACGUGUGGGGCGUGGGCGGCGGCCUGAGACCGGUCAAACAUCUCGUCAAAGAGAUGAACCUCCUGCUCAAAGAGUAUCUGAUAUCUGGAGACGAGAAGGAGGCAGAUCACUGUCUGAGAGACCUGGAGGUCCCCCACUUCCACCAUGAGCUGGUCUACGAGGUUGUCGUGAUGGUGCUGGAGUCGAAAGGCGACACAGCCAGUCAUAUGAUGAUUAAGCUGCUUCAGUCCUUCUGGAAAACAGGCCUCAUCACUGUGGAUCAGAUGAACAGGGGUUUCCAACGUGUUUACGAUGAACUCCCUGAAAUCAACCUAGAUGUGCCACAUGCCCACUCCCUCAUGGAGAGCUUCGUGGACCUCUGCUUCAAGGAGUCGGUCAUCACCAAACAGCUGAGGGAUGCUUGUCCAGCCAGAGGGCGAAAGCGGUUUGUAAGCGAAGGAGAUGGUGGCGUGAUCAAGACCUAAUGCAGGAAGAGGAAGACAAGCAGGAGGAGGAAGAGGAGGAGUCAUUGCCACAGGUUCUUAACGCCUUGAUUCUGCCCCGGCAUGUCCCCCUGACAUCAGGCGUGCCGGCCGUUUCCUUGUUCCUCUCCUGAUAAUGUUGUCAUUACACAAACCAGCGUUGACGUUCGGUGAAAGUAGACUGAAGAGUGCUCUGGGCAUUCAGUUCCCUUCAUCUUGUUACUCACUGUUUUGACAUUUUUGUAUGAUUAUACUGUGUUUCUGGGGGUUGAUGCGCCCCUGUUGCCUUUGUACCUGUUUGUGAAGGAAUAAUUCAAGUCAGAGCUGCAGAGGACAGACAGACACACACAGACAGACGGGUGGACAGGAUGGGUUUUGUGGGAGAUUAGCUCCGGUGGUUUGUCUCUUGCUUUGCUUCACCUGUUGCUGCGUCUCUUCAUCUUUUUUUUUUUCAUGUUAUUUGCUAUAAAUGAAACAAAGCACUUAAAAGACAGAGCAUACUGUACAGUCAGUGAGCACUUAGUAAUUUAGUUCAACAACAAGGAACUUAAGCUUUUUAUUUUCUGCCACAAAUGAUUUGAGAUGAUUAGGAACCCCGCGCUUUGUACCUUCUGGUUCCAGUGCUUCUAUCCAUCCCUCAUGAACAGCGCUUUUUUGUUCUAUUUUUUUCUCUAAGGCAAAAUCUUCACUUUGUACAGCACAGCUAUGAAUGCAACAGGUGUUUGGGCACUGUCUGGGUGUUAAAUUGCAUAAGGGCAAAUAUACUUUGGAAGCAUUUAAUGAAAAUAAAAAGACAGUGUGGUUUAAUAUGUGUAAAGUUAAUUGAACAAGCAAUAUUUUGAGCACUCUCGCCUUUGCUUGCAAUUGAUGUAUCAGCAGCCACAUGGUCAGCGAUGGAUUCUGGACAGGUAACCUCACAAUAUGAAGCCAAACUUGCUCUGGAGAGCAGAAAUAUCCUGGAUCAUCAUUCAACUUUGAUUUUGUUUAACAUGUCUGAAAAGGCAGCCCUGUUCGGUAUAUUCAGAUUGUUUUCUGCAACUGUCUGUAGAAGUUUUACAUGUUGACCAAAGUUAUAAAAUGUGGAUAAGAAGUAUAUUUCAUUCAUUAAAAAAGGCAUCUAAAUGAA